CUUGGUUAUAUGAUUAUGGCCUUUCUUAAUCAAGUAUCUCAUAAUUCUUUGGGAUUCAAGGGAGUGAUGACUCUUGGUUCAGCAUCAAUGACUUUUUGUUGCUUGAUUUUAUCUUUCAAACCAAGCUAUCCUUUAUUCGUAAUGGUCUACGUUUUCAAUGGUAUUGGGGUAGGUCUGCUCGAUGCCUCUUUCAACUUCAUGUUGGGAGGUCUUGUUGAUUCAAAUGAGCUAUUGGGAAUAUUGCAUGGCUGCUAUGGCCUUGGUUGUCUUAUUAGUCCAGUUUUGAUCACCUCUUUAUUACAGAAACAAACCGGCCCUUGGUCUUGGAAUCAAGUUUAUAUGUUACUUUGUACCUACGGUGCAAUUGGUACCAUUCUCAUCAUAAUAUUAUUCAGAGAUGAAACAGUAAAGAAAUAUAGAUACGUUCUGAUGGUUAAAAAUAAUAAAUCUGCUAAAUUAGCAAUUUCUAAAAAUAAUGAUCUUGAAAUGAAUAAUUUCGACGUUAAUUCUGAUAAUGAAAGUAUCGAUGAAAAUUCUCUUAACUCAGACCUGGCCACAAUGACCCAGUCUCUUAAAUCCAAAUUAAUCUGGGUUUUCGCCAUGUCUUUAAUGAUAUAUGUUGGUGGUGAAACCGCUUUUGGUGCUUGGCUUAUUACAUUCCUCAUGAGAAUCAAAAAGUUCGCCUAUAAACAUUCUUCGUACAUGGCAACUUCUUUUUGGCUUGGUCUCACAACUGGUAGAAUGACUCUUGGGUUCGUUACCUCCAAAUAUUUCAAAAAUGAAUUAUUGGCAAACAUGGUUUAUGUUGCUUGGUCAGCUGCUGGAUUCUUAAUCUUUUGGCUUUUGGCCUUCUUACCGACAGAUUAUAUUUUAUUUGCAGUCGUUUUCCUUACUGGAUUGGGCGUGGGGCCUAUUUUCCCAACUACAAUCGUUACAGCAUUGAAAAUUUUACCAGCUAAAUAUCAUACUGCUGGUGUAGGUUUCAUUUGUGCUUUUGGUGGUAGUGGUGGUGCAAUUAUCCCAUUUUUGGUUGGUUUAAUUGCUGAUACUAGUUCUUUUGGCUUACGUAUAUUUCCUCUUAUGAUUUUGAGUAUGUUCAUCAUUUUAUCUGCUAUUUGGGGAGGUCUUUUCAAACGUUACGCUUCAAAGUUUUAAGUAUUUUGAAUGAAAGCUGGC